AUGUCGGCUCGUGGAUACAAAUAUGAGGACGCUCUCCUCGAAAUUAAGGGCCAAAUUGGAAUCAUCAAAUUGAACCGACCCAGUUCCCUCAACGCUUUCGGUGGACGCCUUCUCAUCGACCUAGUCACCGCACUACGGGAGCUCGAUCAGCAUCCAGACACCGUCUUCACCGUGCUUACUGGUGAAGGGCGUUUCUUCUCCAGUGGAGCCGAUGUCAAAGCCGAUUCAACAAGGUUUGACAAGGUAUAUAUCAGCGAUGCCGAAAAGAAGAUCGAUUACGCGGGUGGAAUGUAUAAAGCGAUCGAGCUACUACGCUCGAUGAUCGACCACCGCAAAGUCCUAGUCCUGGCCCUCAACGGCCCGGCUGUCGGCGGUGGCGCAGCCUGGUUCCCGGGUGUCGCGGACAUAAUCCUAAGCGUCGAAGACGCCUACCUGCAAACACCGUUCAGCGCACUGGGCCUCGUCCCCGAGUUCGGCUCCGCGACUACCUUUGCCCAGUCCAUCGGCGCGCACCGCACCAACGACUUCCUGAUGUUCGGCACGAAACUCUCCGCCAAAGAGCUCGUGGAUGCCGGGCUGAUCAACCGUCUCUUCCCGAAGGACGGGUUCCAUCAGCGUGUGAUUGAGUUCCUCGAGGGCCAGCUCGAGGUCAACGAUGGGAAGAGCAUGAUGGAGAUGAAGAGGCUGCAGAAUCUGCCUUUGAGGGGUGAGCGCUUGCUCGCCGUGUUCAAUGCGGCCGAUGCGCUGGCUGAGCGUAUUGUUGAGGAUGCGCCCACCAAGCGCUUUGCAGCUAAAAAAGCUCUGUUGUUGGCCAAGCGGGAAAAGCAAUCGAAGUUGUAA